CUCUAGUUAUCUCUCGCUUGGACUACUGCAAUGCGCUCUACGUGGGGCUACCUUUGAAGGUGACCCGGAAACUACAACUAAUCCAGAAUGCGGCAGCUAGACUGGUGACUGGGAGCGGCCGCCGAGACCACAUAACACCGGUCCUGAAAGACCUACAUUGGCUCCCAGUGUAUGGAACAAUAAUGGGCCAGGUGUAAGCACACCAAGUUUACAAAGCUGGACCUAUUCAUAUGUCAAAACCCAUAGACCCACCAUGGCUUCUGAAGCAAGUUCAGUAGGAGAUGAAACCUCUCUUUCCACGUUCAAUCAACCCAAACAAGCAUCCUUGGCAGAAGCUCCCAGUGAACCAUGUUUGUAUGAUUUCCAAAAUCCAGAGCUACAGAGAUGCAUGGCACAAAUUACUGAUUUACUUAUGGAUGAAAUACCAAAAGCUGAAUAUGUCAGCUUGUUGAAUGACUAUGUAGAGUCAGAGUUUUUUCUGAUUGAUGGUGAUUCAUUAUUCAUCACUUGUGCAAGAGAGCUAACGUUGGAGCGUGGACAAAACUUGCACUUUUUCUACCUCGUUGAGCGCUUUCUCCUGGAUUUAACAAGCAAAGGAGCAAAAUAUUUCAUUGUUUUCUUCAAGGAUGUAGAACAUGUGUAUUUCAGAAAUCCUGAUUUCCUUUCUUUGCGCAAUGCAUUGAUCAUCCAUCUGAGAAAGAAGACUGAAAUUCCUAUACAUACUGAAUUUUCGAACUGCUUAGAGAGUAGUUGGCAGAAAUUUCUGCAAGACAACCAUCCGUAUUUCUUAAUAGUCGCUGAUGAAGGGUUGGAUCAACUGCACACUAAUUUCCUCCAUGUAUUUAUUUUGCACACUUUGUCAGAGAGAGUCAACAUUGUGCUUACUUCAGGCCAAACAUCAGAUGCAAUCAGAGUUUAUGGAUACCACAUCAAUAGUCUAUUCAAAUAUCAGAGGCAUUUUAAACAGCAUGAAAAGAAACUUAAACAUUACUGUCAAUCACUGGUUAAGUACUGGAAGGAAUCUGGUACAAAAGUAUGCAUUUUUCUUUGUGGAUGUCCAAGUCUGGAUGCUUUGGCAGGAAAGGCUUAUAGAAAAUUUGCCCAAUUCCAGAAGGAAAUAGAAGAUCUUCGGUAUGUUGUCUGCAUCAUCAGCUCUUCACUGGUCCUGGAAACACACAUGCAAGUACUAGAAAGACAAACUAGCUCUGCAAAAUGGAACGAGAAAACAGUGUUAACCCUGGAAGAUGUUGGAGAACUUCUACGGAUGUAUUGCCUCAGUGUGGUAUUCCUACAUCAUUUGCCCCUUUCUCAACGAUCGCGGGUGAGAUUCAUCAAUGCCUGCUGGAAUAAGGAAACUUUGAGAUUUAUGCAACAGUAUAAACUUUGUGAAUUUCAUGUUCUGCAAUGCCUUGCAACUCAGGCCUUGGAGAAUGUGGAUUUUUCUACACUGCCUGAUUUAAGUGAUGAUCUCCUGUUGAAGAACAUUGCAUUUUAUUAUGGACUGGAAAAAGGCCCAGGGUUUGAUUUGGAUAUAGGAGCAAAAAUGAAUAGGGACUAUGAACUUUUGUGGAAACAUAUCACAGAACUCUCUGGAACAUGUGAUUUUGGAGCACCUUUUCCUCUACGAAGAACUUCUACAACAUUUAUUGAGGAAAAAUGCUUAUCUGAAAAAGACAAGGAAUCGAAGAGGAUGUUUCCUAAACCUGGACUUGUACCAGUGAUUAAUACCAUAGUGGAUGAAUUUGCUGGAGAUAUUUUAACUGAUCUGCCAUUUUUAAAAACUGAUGAUCCUGUUGUUACCUCACUUAAAAAACAGAAAGAAUUUGAUGAACUCCUGCACUGGCAUUCCGGAAAGCCACUCAGUGAUGAUUAUGACAGGACAAGUGAAAGAUAUUGGGGAGAAAGGAAAGGCCCACAGGCCUUACGGCAGAAUCAAAAAUUUCAAACAUUUCAACGAUUUUAUGGGGAAUCCCUAGAAGGCACAAUUUCGAAGAAAAUUGCUCCUCAGCCAGAUACUCCAAAGAAGGCUUCUCCUUUUGCUACAAAAAGCAAGAAAGUCCAAAAGACAAAAGCAGAAAUCAUUAUUGAGGAGAACCAGAAAAGGAAAAGAGCUGAAGAAGAGAGAAAAGAAGAGCAUCGUUGGAGUACCCUUUCAGUGACUAUUGAAAACCAAAUUAAAGAAAAUAUGGCCUCUGGAAUUAAGAAUCUAGAAGUCUUUCUGGGGAAAUGUCAAAGUGCAUCUGUGAAAUGUAGUGCUGAAAUGGCAGCACUGAAUGUUUGCUUUGGUUUGUGGACAGAACAUUGCAAAGCGGCAGGGAAAACUGAGAAAAAUUUAAAUAUAGCAGCGGAAGUGAUGAGAAGAAUCCACUCAUUGAUUGAAAAUUAUGACCAAAAGGAUUUAUUGAAGGAGACGGAUUUCCACCAGAUUGCAAAAUGCCUCUGGUACUUUGGAUUUGACAACCUGGCAACUUCUUUAAAAUAUAUCAAGGUAUCUGAACAUGAGAGAAAAGAACUUAAGCAAAAGUAUGCAAAAUAUGCUGUUGGCAUGGGGUCCUCUCGGUUUCAGCUACAGUACAUGGGCCACUAUCUUAAGCGAGAAGAAAGAAAAGAUCCUGAUCCCAGAGUGCAACACUUCAUUCCAGAUUCAUGGCAGAGAGAACUCCUUGACAUUGUCGAUAAUAAUGAAUCUGCAGUAAUUGUUGCUCCUACGUCAUCAGGAAAAACAUACGCCUCUUACUAUUGCAUGGAGAAAAUCCUGAGAGACAGUGAUGAAAGUGUGGUUGUGUAUGUUGCUCCUACAAAGGCGCUCGUUAAUCAAGUGUCCGCAACCAUUUUUAAUCGAUUUGAUAAAGCACUUCCAUCUGGUAUUGCCUUAUGUGGUGUUUUCACUCGAGAUUAUCGCCAUGAUGCCUUGAAUAGCCAGAUACUGGUAACAGUCCCUCAGUGUUUAGAAAUCCUACUUCUGUCACCUCGUCAUCAAGAUUGGGCCAAGAAGAUACGAUAUGUUAUAUUUGAUGAGGUCCAUUGUCUUGGAGGUGAAAUUGGAGCAGAAGUUUGGGAGCAUCUUCUGGUUAUGAUUAGAUGUCCGUUUUUGGCCCUCUCUGCAACCAUAAGCAACCCCAAACAACUUGCUGAAUGGCUACAGUCAGUAAAAAGAUACUGGCAACGUACUGAAGCUGUAAUAGCGCAGAAUUCUGACCAUUCCACUUCUGUUAAGAAAGGAGCAAAAGUGAAGCAGAGUGUCCGAACACAAAAUACAUCAUACAAAGUUAAGCUAGUGGUAUAUGAAGAGAGAUACAAUGAUUUAGAAAAGUAUGUAUGUUCCCUAAACGAUGGUGACUUCACUAUCCGUCACUAUCAUCCCUAUGCUGCAUUAACGGUGGAACAUAUUGCGAGGUACGGCUUUCCCAUGGACCUUUCUCUUUCUCCCCGAGAAGCUGUCAUAUUGUAUGACGUUAUGGUAAAGGCAAAGACAAACUGGCCAAAGGCGAAUGAACUGGAUCCUGAGCAGUUUUUUAAGGACAAAAUGGUUAUCACAAAGGCUGAUGCAAGAACUUAUGAGAAACAGCUGAAAGAAGAACUAGAAAUGUGGAUUAAACAUGGUUGCAGUAAGAAGGGGAAAACAGUGCUGCAGCUGCUCAAACCUCAGUCUACUUUUUCUUCUGAAAAUGAGAUGAGAAAACACUUUCCUCAUUUUGUUGACAAGCUAAAACGGAUGGAUAAAUUGCCUGCACUAUUUUUCCUAUUCAAUAUUCAUGGAGUGGAAGGUUUGGCUCACGAUGUCUGCAAAUUCUUAAAAGAGAAGCAAAGUAAAAAGCCCAUCCGAGGUUCUGAAAAAGAAGAAUGGCUAACAAAAAAAUGUAAAAAGAGAGAAAAAUAUUUAAUGGCGCAAAAUAAUGACACUAAACAAGUCCGUAACUAUGGCAAACAAUUAGUUUGGGGAGCUGAGCUUGAUAUCCUAAGGAAGCAACUGGAGAAGAUUUCUGAAACUCCUUCUGACUGCACCUAUGCAAAUGAACAUGCUGUUGAUGAUGAGUCUUUGAUCAAGAUAUUUCAUCGAUUAAGAUACUCGAGAAAGAAGAUAGAACUGCAAGCAUUGGCUCUAAGAGGCAUUGGGUAUCAUCAUUCUGCUUUGGACGCCAAAGGGAGGCAAAUGGUGGAGAUGCUUUUCAGAAAGGGAUUUCUGCAGGUGGUGACUGCCACAGGAACCUUGGCUUUGGGAAUCAACAUGCCAUGUAAAUCUGUUGUUUUUGUACAGAAUUCUGUAUAUUUGGAUGCUCUGAACUAUAGGCAGAUGUCUGGGCGCGCUGGGCGACGAGGUCAAGACUUUUUGGGUGAUGUCUUUUUCUAUGACAUUCCAUUGCCUAAAAUACAGAAGCUAAUUAAAUCCAAUGUACCUGAACUUCGAGGACAGUUUCCUUUGAGUAUUUCUCUGAUACUGAGACUCCUGCUGUUGGCUUCAAAAGCAGAUGAUAAAGUGGAUGCAAAAGCUAAGGUCCUGUCAUUACUGAAGCAUUCCCUUCUAGCCUUCAAACAACCAAGGGCCGUCAAGAUGUUAAAGUUGUAUUUUUUGUUUUCAUUACAGUUUCUUGUGAAGGAGGGAUAUGUGGAUCGGGAAGGCAAUACUACAGGAUUUACUGGACUUGUGACUCAUUUGCACUAUCAUGAACCUUCCAAUAUUGUACUAGUUGAUUUUCUCGUGAAAGGCUUAUUCCAUAAGCUGUGUCAACGAAGCAAGAAAGGACCACAAGCUUUCUCUCAGGAUGUGAUGGAAAAACUGGUGCUAGUAUUAGCACAUCUUUUUGGAAGAAGGCGGAUACCAGCUGUUGUCCUUAAUUCUGGAAGGACGUUUUACCAAUCAAAGGUGUUUCUUGAGGAUCUCCCUGAAGAUUUUGCUGCUGCUUUGGAUGAGUACAACUCCAAAAUAGAAGAGAAUUUUGGACAGUUUCUGCAGAUAGUUUCCACCAUGGCUGAUAUGCAGCAAGAAUAUAAACUUCCACUUUCAGAACUUGAGUUUUCAAGUAAAGAACCACCUGACUCACCGCUUGCAUCUCACCUAAUGAGCUGUGAUGAAGGAAGGACAGCAGUUUCACCGUUUGUGUGCCUGUCAGGAAAUACAGAAUUUGAUUUACUGCACACAGGGACUGUCAACAAUGUCAUACUGCGCACAAUAGGCAUUAGUGAUGCAAACAUCCCAGUCCUCUAUUCAAAGAUAUGUGAUAAUCAGGGAAGAAUGAUUCCACUUAAUGCAUAUGUGCUCGACUUCUAUAAACAUGGAUCUCUGACAGCAAUGGCACAGGAUAACAGUAUACAUGAAGGAGAAGCCUAUGCUUUAUUGAAGGACUUUGGCCUUGCUCUUAAAGCCAUCAGUGUCUCUUUGCGUGAACUUUGCGACAAAGAGGAUGAUAACGUCGUGUGCGCCUUUGAACAAUUAAGUCUGAACUACUGGCAGAAACUGAACGUUGUGUAACUGGAAUAAUGCCUGCACCAAAAAUAUGAUGCUUUGUAAGAAGGGAUAACAGUUUGCAGUUGUAUCAAAUUUACAUUCUACAUUGGCUGAAUGGAUAUGUAGUAUCUGUUUGAUUAGGGGUGCUGUCAUUUAAAAUUUUUACAUUUUAAAUUGGUUGAAUGAAUAUGUAGUAUCUGUUUGAUAGGUUAGCAUGCCUAUUUUUAAAUGACUACACAGGGAGGGGUAGUUGAAGACACACCUCUUUGCCCUGACUUUUAACACCUGAGAAGUAUAUUGUUAGGCCACAUUAUAUGUUUUUAAAUUAGUUUUGUAAUUAUUGUAACCUAUUCUGGCACCUUAUGGUGAAGGGAAGAUGAAUAAAUAAAUAAUGCUUGUUUUAGUUCUUGGGGGUUUUGUUUUUGCCUGUUUGUAUAGAAUUAGGGACAAUUUAAAUCCUAACAAAUAAGUCAACAAGCAACAAAGUAAACUCCCUUUGAUGAGUUUCACCAACCCUCCAUGUCUGCAAUUUGGGAAGGAUAUUGAAAACUCCCCAAAUUAUACAAUGUGUGAUACAAUUCUGGGAGAUAUAAGCAGGAUCAUGGCUUUGUUGAAGCAUGAAUUUAUGGAGCUUAUUAAGAAUAGAUACUGCUAAUAUAUAGUGAACUGAUGAAAAAGAUUUUGCUGCCCUACUAUUAACACGUCUGGUUUAUCUUUGUGUGUGAGAGAAGCAAAACAAGAAUUGUCCAACAAUGACACGUUGUGAUUCUUAGGCUGCAAUCCUUUGCACAUAUCCUGUGAACACAAUAAAAAAAAAAUCCUUCCAG